CAAAAAUAUGUAAUGUGUAUAUUUGGCCUUAUUCACUUCUGGGCAAAUGGCAAUACCAUCGUUAUAACAUUAAUGUCAAAUUCUUUCUGAAGUUUCCCUCAUUGAAAAUUGGGGGUUGACGAGACGUGACAAUGGGUCGUGUUAUUCGGGCUCAGCGUAAAGGUGCCGGUUCGGUCUUCGUAUCACACACUAAGAAAAGGAAAGGUGCACCAAAACUCCGUUCCUUAGAUUAUGCAGAACGUCAUGGUUACAUCAAAGGCGUCGUAAAGGAUAUCAUCCAUGACCCUGGCCGUGGAGCUCCAUUAGCUGUUGUGCAUUUCCGCGACCCUUACAAAUUUAAGACCCGCAAGGAACUUUUCAUUGCGCCAGAGGGUCUCUACACAGGCCAAUUUGUUUACUGUGGAAAGAAAGCUACUCUUGAAGUUGGAAAUGUUAUGCCAGUGGGUGCUAUGCCUGAGGGUACAAUUGUAUGCAACCUUGAAGAAAAGAUGGGCGAUAGAGGUCGGCUAGCUCGUGCCUCUGGAAAUUUUGCUACCGUCAUUGGUCAUAAUCCUGAUGCCAAGCGUACUAGAGUGAAGCUUCCCUCUGGAGCCAAGAAAGUUCUGCCAUCUAGCAAUAGAGGAAUGGUUGGUAUUGUUGCCGGUGGUGGUCGUAUCGACAAACCUAUCUUGAAGGCUGGACGUGCUUACCAUAAAUACAAGGUUAAGCGUAACUGCUGGCCAUAUGUACGAGGUGUGUCCAUGAACCCAGUGGAGCAUCCUCACGGAGGUGGUAACCAUCAACACAUUGGUAAGGCAUCUACUGUCAAGAGAGGCACAUCAGCUGGUCGCAAGGUCGGUCUUAUUGCUGCUCGCAGAACUGGAAGAAUUCGUGGUGGAAAGACAGAGGCAAAGAAGGAGACGUAAAUGUCAUUUUACAGAAAAUAAAACUUACAAAACGAA